GGGGGGCAUUAAGAGAAAAAAGAAAUUGAAACCCUCAGUAAGAUAUAUUUACGUGUGGUCUAACAUAUUCGGUAGCCAUCAAUAAACAAAGAUGGUGCCUAGCAAAAUUGCCGUGGAGAGAAGAGGAGAGAUGACCAUGAGCCAUGAGGCAAUCUGUGUGCACUCUGUCUUAAAAAUGGCGUUGGUUGAGUGAGAAAUAAAAUAAUAAUAAUAAAAGGGGCCUAUAUGACUGACUCAAAGCAUUGUCUCUCUUUUCGUCUCUUUCUAAUCUGUAAAUUAAAAAGUGACGAUACACGUACUCAAAAAUAAUAAAAAAAUAAACACACACACACACAUCUACAAAAAUAAUUAUCAUUAAUCAGCAAUAUAAGCAACUGGAGUUAACGUGAUGGAGGGUGACAUAGGGAUACAAAUUAGUGGUGAUAUUGAAACACCAAAUAUUCAAAAACAAAAUACAACAAGUAGUGGAUUUGAUUUUUUGCAAAUACCACAAUUACAAUUUGCACAACUUGGAUAUCCACAUGCACAACAAUGGAUACAGGCAAAAAGAGCAACACUACGUCCAUGGAGUUUAUUUGUAAAUUCAAAUAAUUUUCGUGCACCACCAAGUGUCACAAGAAUUGGAAAAAGAAUUGUUAAAAAUGUUGAAUAUUUUCAAAGUAAUUAUUUAUGUAUUUUCAUUGGACUUGUAAUUUAUUGUUUAAUUACUUCUCCUUUGUUGUUAUUGACUCUUGCAAUAUCACUUUUUAUAUGUUACAAAGUAUCACAACGACAUGCUAAACAAGAGUUGACAUUAUUCAAUCACAAAUUAACACUUGCACAAGUUUACAUGGUUGUUUAUGUUUGUUCACUUCCAAUGUUUUAUUUGGUUGGAGCUGGUGCUGUACUCUUCUGGGUUUUAGGUGUUUCUUCUUUUUUCAUUGCAAUUCAUUCAACAUUUUACAAUAUUGAUUCUGUUCUUUGUCCUGGUGAGGAUGAACUCAAUGCUCUAGUAAUGCAAGAAGUCUGAAAUAUAAAAAAAUAAAAACACCAAUAAGUAAUAAUAAAAAUCCCAAGUGUUGUACACAUUUUAAUAUAUUUAAAUUUAUUUAUCUUGGUUUAUAUUAAUAAUAAAAAAAUAUUAGAAAAAUUAUAAAUAUUUUAUAGUAUUUUUUAUAGAGGGUAGAAUCAAUCUGACAAUAACACCAGCUGUUUUUUUUCUUUCUUUAUUUUUCUGCAUUUAAAGUUUUUCUUUUUUUUUUUUUUAUUUUUC